AUGCAGAGAUUAUAAGGUGCCACACUUAGUUUAUGGAGUAGCUUUACUCCAGUUCCUUAGUAUGCAUUUGCAACACUGAAUCUUAAAUAAUUGAAGCAAAGAAUGAAGUCUGUAGGAUCCAUCAGAAAGAUCACCAAGGCCAUGAAGAUGGUUGCUGCUUCAAAAAUGAAGUAGGAUGUGUAAAGACUCGAGAAUGGCAAAUACUUUGGUGUGCGUUCUAUUUAGGAUUUGUUUGCAAAUGAAACAUACUUAUAGAAAAAGCAAUUGACUUUCAAAAUUAAUAAGACCCUGUUGGUUCCGAUUACAUCAGACCAAAGGACUUUGUGGUGGCAUCAAUUCAUCAAUUAUCAGAGAAACACGUUCAGUGGUACGUCAAAAUCGUAAUGCUUUCAAACUGUUCUUGAUCGGUGAAAAAAUCCCUUGGAGCAUUACAAAGAGGAUUUCCUGAAUUACUCACAUAGGCUAUCACAGCUAUUCAUACACCUAUCAAUUUUGUUAAUUCAUCAUCAAUUGCUCAUCAGAUUUAAUUGAAUGUCACAGAUGAUAUUGAUUAAAUAGCUAUAAUCUUCAAUCAAUUUAAGAAUGUGGUGCAAUAAGUGGUCAAGAGAGUUGAUUUAUUGAAUAGAAAGAAUUUCAUAGCUUAAUUCAGAUUGGUCACUAAAUAUGAUACAGCUGAACCAGAGAAGGAAUUUGUUCAAAAUUA